AACGCAGACGGUAGCAGUGUGUAAUUUGUUCUGAAUUUCCGGGGCAGCUAUCCGUGCAGCACCUAAACCCUGGGAUUGUCUUCAUCUGCUCAUUUCUCUCUCGUUCUUAAGCCUUUCUUUUUUUCAAAUAGGUUAUCGUGUAAUUGAAGUCAGAAAGAAAUAUGACGGAUUCAAAGUAUUUCACAACUAACAAAAAAGGGGAGAUCUUUGAGCUGAAAGCUGAACUGAAUAAUGAGAAGAAAGAGAAACGGAAAGAAGCUGUAAAGAAGGUUAUUGCUGCAAUGACUGUGGGCAAGGAUGUCAGCUCCCUUUUUCCAGAUGUGGUGAACUGCAUGCAAACAGACAAUCUGGAACUGAAGAAACUUGUUUACCUGUACCUGAUGAACUAUGCUAAAAGCCAGCCAGACAUGGCAAUCAUGGCUGUAAAUAGCUUUGUCAAGGAUUGUGAGGACCCAAACCCUUUAAUCCGAGCCCUGGCAGUGCGCACCAUGGGUUGUAUACGUGUUGAUAAGAUCACAGAAUACCUUUGUGAGCCUUUGCGGAAGUGCCUGAAGGACGAAGACCCUUAUGUGCGCAAGACAGCAGCAGUGUGUGUAGCCAAACUCCAUGACAUCAAUGCCCAGAUGGUGGAAGAUCAGGGAUUUUUGGACUCACUGCGGGAUCUGAUUGCUGACUCCAACCCAAUGGUGGUAGCCAAUGCAGUAGCUGCUCUGUCAGAGAUAAGCGAGUCGCACCCAAACAGCAAUCUGUUGGAUCUGAAUCCUCAGAACAUCAACAAACUGCUGACUGCUCUAAAUGAAUGCACUGAGUGGGGGCAGAUCUUUAUCUUGGACUGUCUAUCAAAUUAUAAUCCCAAGGAUGAGAGGGAGGCGCAGAGUAUUUGUGAACGUGUCACUCCUCGGCUUUCCCAUGCCAAUUCUGCUGUGGUGCUGUCUGCUGUUAAAGUCUUGAUGAAAUUCCUAGAGUUACUGCCUAAAGACUCUGAUUACUAUACCAUGCUGUUGAAGAAACUGGCUCCUCCUCUGGUCACCUUGCUCUCUGGGGAGCCUGAAGUGCAGUAUGUAGCACUUCGUAACAUCAACCUUAUUGUGCAGAAAAGACCUGAAAUUCUUAAACAAGAAAUUAAAGUUUUCUUUGUAAAGUACAAUGACCCUAUUUAUGUCAAAUUGGAAAAACUGGAUAUAAUGAUUCGCCUGGCAUCACAGGCUAACAUUGCUCAGGUCUUGGCUGAGCUUAAAGAAUAUGCCACAGAGGUGGAUGUUGAUUUUGUUAGAAAAGCUGUCCGUGCCAUUGGUCGCUGUGCCAUUAAAGUUGAGCAAUCUGCAGAGCGCUGUGUGAGCACCCUCCUGGACCUCAUCCAGACCAAGGUUAACUAUGUGGUUCAAGAAGCUAUAGUUGUCAUCAGAGACAUCUUCCGCAAGUAUCCCAACAAGUAUGAGAGCAUAAUUGCCACACUGUGUGAAAAUCUGGAUUCUUUGGAUGAACCAGACGCCCGUGGUGCCAUGAUCUGGAUUGUUGGCGAAUAUGCCGAACGCAUUGACAAUGCUGAUGAAUUACUGGAAAGCUUCUUGGAGGGAUUUCAUGAUGAGAGUACACAGGUUCAACUCACCCUACUUACUGCUAUUGUCAAACUCUUUCUGAAGAAGCCAUCAGAAACCCAAGAGCUGGUUCAGCAGGUUCUCAGCCUGGCUACACAGGAUUCCGAUAAUCCAGACCUGAGAGAUAGAGGCUAUAUUUACUGGCGACUGCUCUCUACUGAUCCAGUAACUGCCAAAGAAGUGGUGCUCUCGGAGAAGCCACUGAUUUCUGAAGAGACAGACUUGAUUGAACCCACUCUGUUGGAUGAAUUAAUUUGCCAUAUUGGCUCACUGGCUUCUGUCUACCACAAGCCACCUAACGCCUUUGUGGAAGGGAGUCAUGGAGUGCAUCGCAAGCACCUUCCAAUCCAGCAUGGAAGCAUUGAUACUGGAGACAGCCCUGUUGGUCCCACUCCGUCUGCUGGAAUCGAACAAACCCAGGUUAUUCCAUCACAAGGUGACCUCCUUGGAGAUCUUCUUAAUCUCGAUCUGGGCCCUCCAGGAAAUGUGCCACAGGUGUCCACAAUGCAGAUGGGAGCAGUGGACCUCCUAGGUGGGGGUCUGGAUAGUUUGAUGGGAGAGGAUACGCAAUGGCUGGGAAGUGACCUUGGUGGCGGCAUUGGUGGAAGUCCAGCGGUUGGGCAAACCUUCAUUCCGUCCUCAGUCCCGGCAACAUUCGCUCCAUCCCCUACACCAGCAGUGGUUAGCAGUGGACUGAAUGACUUGUUUGAACUCUCUUCUGGUAUUGGGAUGGCACCUGGAGGAUAUGCAGCCCAAAAAGCUGUCUGGUUACCUGCUGUAAAAGCCAAAGGCUUGGAGAUCUCUGGUACAUUCUCCCACAGGCAAGCACAUAUCUACAUGGAUAUGACUUUCACCAACAAAGCUCUGCAGCACAUGACUGACUUUGCAAUACAAUUUAAUAAGAACAGCUUUGGUGUCAUUCCCAGUGCCCCUCUGGCCAUUCAUACACCCCUCAUGCCCAACCAAAGUAUUGACAUUUCUCUUCCUCUUAACACUCUUGGGCCUGUUAUGAAAAUGGAGCCCCUUAACAAUCUCCAGGUGGCCGUGAAAAAUAAUAUUGACGUGUUCUACUUCAGUUGCCUCAUCCCUCUACAUGUGCUGUUUGUGGAAGAUGGCAAAAUGGAACGUCAAGUCUUCCUGGCCACAUGGAAGGACAUCCCAAAUGAGAAUGAGCUGCAGUUUCAGAUCAAAGAUUGUCAUUUGAAUGCAGACAACGUUUCCAGCAAGCUUCAGAAUAACAACGUGUAUACCAUUGCCAAGCGGAAUGUGGAAGGGCAGGAUAUGCUGUACCAAUCUCUCAAACUUACCAAUGGUAUUUGGAUCCUAGCAGAACUGAGGAUCCAGCCAGGAAAUCCCAAUUAUACGCUUUCUUUGAAGUGCCGUGCCCCAGAGGUGUGUAACUAUGUUUACCAAGUGUAUGACUCCAUACUAAAGAACUGAAAGUGAAAAUUCUCAGAUGAGCCUGGUUCUACAUAUACACUUAUACUCUCCAUAUAAUCUGAGUCAACUAUACCAAUGACUUCUUAUUUCUUGUGGAUAAUCCAGCCCAUGGCUGUUUUAAGAAAAAAAACAACCUUUAUCUUGAAUUCUUAGAAAUUCUGAAGCACUUCUGAUUUCGUUAUCUAUAUUCACAUGUGGGUCCACUUGCCUUUUAGUGCUAUGUAAUGAAUUAAGCCUGCUUGGGUUAUUGUCAGACACCAGGCAACUCUAGCCCUUAGUUUUCUUCUAAUUCACGAAGACUGGAACCCCCUACAUUGUUCAGGUUUGUGUCUUGUACUCCAUUUAUUUGACUACACAGUUGCUAAAUGCUUCAUUCUGCAUUGCUAGAUGUUUCCUGACCAAGACUUUUCCAAUGUGACACAGGUUAAGAACCAGUUAUUGUCAUUGUGUGGAGUUGUCUGUUGUAUUAUUCUAGACCACAGUAGUAACUUAGUAGCUCCCUUAACUUGAUGUUAGAUGAAAUGUAAUAUGAAAACUGGUUCCAACCUUUUUAAUUAGCCUAACUACAUAUUAUGUGAGCACAAAGUGUCUAUCUUGUAACUUUUCAAGACUUGGUAACGUGACCAGUCUUUACAUGUGUUUGUACCAUUUAGAUAACCACCUCUUCUGUGAUGUACCAUUGCUUCUCAGCAUUGCCAUGCAUACAUUUACAUUCCGUGCCAAUGCUGAAAGUAUUCUAAGCUGAAUAAAAAUGUUAUAUUGUGUAUUGCAAACAAAGAACAAUAAAAUGUACCAAUAAAACUUAGAACAGAAUAUGUUUCA